UUCCUGCAUGCAUGUAUAACUCAAGGAAAAAUAAUCCAACUUAAGUACUAAACUCUAAAGAGUAGAAUUAACCGAGAGAAUAAUGGGGAGCAAAGAAUUAGCACUAGGAAAUGUGAAUGAGGAUGCUGAGCUCCUCCAAGGCCAGGCCGAGGUGUACAAGCACCUCUUUGCCUACGCAGAUAGCCUUGUGCUAAGAUCUGCUGUUGAGCUUCGCAUCGCCGAUAUCAUUCACUCGCAUGGCCAAGCAAUGAGCUUAUCUCAAAUAGCCUCAAAAAUAGCUUCUUCUUCCCUUAAUAUCAUGUGUCUUGAACGAGUCAUGCGUAUGCUCGUUCGAAAGAAAAUCUUCACCGCUCAUUGUAAUGAACAACCAUCAGGGGAAACCUUAACAUUGUAUGGUCUAACCACAACCUCUAUGUGGCUCUUGCAUGAUCAAGAGCUUAGCCUAGCUCCUGCAUUUCUAACCUUCACCGACCAUUCGUUCACGAAACCAUGGUACGAGAUUAGUCGUUCGAUCAAGGAUGGUGGGAUUCCUUUUGUGAGGGCUCAUGGGGAGUCCUUUUGGGAAAUGACAUCUAACAAUCCCGAGUUUAAUAAGUUGUUUAACCAUGGCAUGGCCACAAUUACUAAACAUACCUUAGAUGCUAUCAUAAAAGGGUAUAAGGAUGGAUUUAGUGAGUUAGAAGGCACUCUUGUUGAUGUUGGGGGUGGCAUUGGAAGGUUAGUGGCCAAUAUUGUUAAAACAUACCCUCAUAUUAAAGGCAUUAAUUUUGAUGUGCCUCAUGUUGUUGCUAAUGCUCCCUUACAUCCCGGUGUCACCCAUGUUGGUGGUGACAUUUUUAAGGAGAUCCCAUCUGCCAGGAAUAUAAUUAUUAAGUCCGUUUUACAUGAUUGGGAUGAUGAGGACUGCUUAAGGAUCCUAAAGAACUGUCAAAAAGCAGUAUCCCAGAAAAAGGGAAAUAAGGUGAUAAUUGUUGACAUCGUUCUUCAUCCUGAUGGAGAAGGGCUGUUUGAUGAUGCAGCCAUUACCCUUGAUAUGUUGAUGAUGACAAAUUGCAUUGGUGGCAAAGAGAGGACUGAAAAUCAAUGGAAUAAAUUGUUGAAAGAAGCUGGAUUUACACACCUCAACAUCAUCCCUUUACCAACUACAAUGUCACUGUCCAUUAUUGAGGCCUUUCUUCACUAAUCAAGUUGUGAAACGAGUGACUUGCGAUCAGCGCGAGUGGUGCGCCCGCACCAAGUAAAGGUGCGCCCGCACCAGGUCAGGUGCGCCCGCACCAAGGAGGGGUGCGCCCGCACACUCGUCACGACGGAUUUUCAGUUGUUGAGGCAGAAGCAAAUGGUGCGCCCGCACAUUUGUCUGGUGCGCCCGCACCAGAAGCCGGUGCGCCCGCACCAAAAGGUGGUGCGCCCGCACCUAUCGGGAAUUCGGCUUUUUCCCGGUUUUCUGUUUCUUGUUUAAUGAAGGGUUUAAAUAGUGCCCUAAUGGUACGCUUUGUUUUCUACCACAAAUUAGAGAGAGAGAUUAGAGAGAAACACAAUAGAGGAGAUUAGAGAGAGUCUUUGAGAUUCAAUUGAAUUGAAUCUUGCCUAUUGUACUUGUAAUCAUCUCGUUCAUAGUGAAACAAUCUUUUCCCCUGCCUUGAGGACGUAGCUAUCAAAUUGAUAGUG